AUGGCGCUUUCCGAGGACAAUGGCAAUCCUAAGAAUCAGACGGAAGACGCCAUUGAACAAGCCCCCGGCAUUGACAUGGAGAAACAGAGCGCGGUCCAUCACGAUGAAGGCAGCGACACAGCACUGCCCUCGAUCCCUGCAGCGGUCAUUACUAUAGACCCGGCUGUCGAGCGCCGAGUUCUGAGGAAAUUAGAUCUAAGGGUUCCGACACUCAUGGGGUUCUUGUAUCUUUUGGGGCUCCUCGAUCGCUCUAACAUAGGCAAUGCAUACAUAGCUGGGAUGAAACAAGACUUACAUCUAAGCGGACAGCGCUAUUCUUGGCUUCUGACGAUUUUCUACAUCGCGUACACGCUGUUCGAGUUUCUAGCCUUGAUGUGGAAGAUUCUGCCACCUCAUCGCUGGGCAGCGAUCUCUGUAAUGAGCUGGGGCAUUGUUGCGACUUGUCAAGCUGCGGCACAGAGUUGGGAGGGAAUGAUGGCCCUCCGUUUCCUUCUUGGGGUGUCUGAAGCCGCGUUUGGCCCUGGCACACCGUAUCUGUUGUCCUUCUUCUAUCGCCGUCACGAACUCGGUCUGCGUAUUGGGCUGUUCUUCUCUGCUGCGCCUCUGGCCAAUACAUUUGCAGGCGCCUUGGCGUAUGGAAUCACGUCUGGCCAUUCCAAGUUGGCCAAUUGGCGAUUAUUAUUCUUAGUGGAAGGGGCACCCUCUUUGCUUGCCGCUUUCCUUGCCUGGUUUUUCCUGCCGGAUCACCCGUCGUCUGCCCGUUUCCUGAAUGAUGAAGAAAAAAAGGUUGCACGAGCAAGAGGGCUCCGGAAAAGCGGUGAGGGCGAGCGUGUAGCAGGCAUUGACUGGAAGGAUAUUGGCCGUACCCUGUUGGAUGUCAAAGCCUGGAUCACGGCGUUGAUGUACUUCAGCUGCAAUGUGAGCUUUUCUUCGCUCCCUGUAUUCCUUCCCACUAUCCUUAAAGACAUGGGCUUCACGUCGAUCAACGCCCAGGGUCUCACAGCGCCGCCAUACUUUGCUUCGUUUCUUGUUACAAUUGCCACAACUUGGUUGGCCGAUCGACUGCAACAGCGAGGACUGAUGAUUGCCUUGUUGUCGCUCAUUGGGGCUGUUGGAUAUGUGCUCCUCGCCACGUGCACCUCAGUUGGGAUAAUCAAGGAUCCGACACCCGACGAGGUAUGGGGAUUGUAA